UUUUCCUCUCAUUUACACCAAUCCCGCCCAAGUUGUGCAGGGCCUAUUGGCUAUUACCGUGACAGGGUUGCCACCCUCGGCCGCGAGGCUUCAUCGCGGCAGAUGGACUACAGCCUGGCGGCGCUGAAGCUCUUCUGCUGUCAGCUAAAGGAUGCACGCCAGAUUUCUUCCCAUCCUCCAUCGCUGACCCUCAAUGGCAUCCGCUUCCAGCGAGCUUGGUGUCAGGGCGUUGUGGUUGCAGGGCCGGACGAAGGGCCUUUUCUUAUCGACGACGGUAGUGGAGUCGUCGAGCUGUCCCUACGCUCCGAGUUAAAGACUCAGGAGUGGAAGUCUGGGAUGUAUAUCAUGGUUGUCGGGCUCUGCAUAGCUGGUGAUCCUCCUCAGAUUCAGGUCCACAAGAUGGUUGAUCUCUCGCUGUAUCCUGACCGCGAAUCUCUAUGGCAUAUGGAAGUAAUUGAGGCUUAUAACUUGUUUUAUACUACUGUAACAGAAUGAUGAUUCAGUUCAUCUCACAAUGUCUACAUUCCUUUUGUGUAAUGAUUUAGUGCUUUGUGAUGACCCUAUUGCACACAUCAAAAACUUUGAAUGCUUGCUAUUUUUUGCAGAUAGUUAGGCCCACAUAUAGUAAUUUGUUCUGCAUGUAUUUUAGUCAUAACAAAAUUCAUUAUCUCAGUCGUGCGCCAGAUGAAAAAAUGGGAUUUGCAUACCUACCGUACAAGUCUCGUGUAUUAAUAUAUGCAACUCCAUUUUCGAUAUUUACCUAGAUAACAUUUUAGAAUUUCAAUUACCUCAGAAUAUAAUAUUAAUGAUAUUUUUAUAUGAUUUUGUAUUCC